ACCAUUGUGCGACUCACAGUCCCGAGAACCUUUUUUAGGAGGGUUCUCAUGUUCACUGCCAUUAUCUUCGGCAUUGUAUGGGCUCUACUUUUUUCACAAAUCUGGUGGAUUUGUGAAACUGAGUCCAGUUGGAAAUCACAACCACAUCCGCAAUGCGAUCUCGGCAGAAGUGUUGCAAUAACACAGAUGAUCACCGACAUUCUAGGGGACUUUUUCCUCGUCCUUACUCCUUUUUACUUCAUUUACAAAGUCAGAUUGUCAAGAGCGCAAAAAGUCAGGAUACUAUCUGUCUUCUCUACAUCAGUGAUCACCACAGUUGUUAGUCUCACCCAUGCCUAUUACAUCUUCUCUGGUGGAGGGACAAAGGAGGGUAUGGCUGCUGUGGUUGAGGCUUCUAUGUCUCUAAUCGUUGCAAACUUGAGUGUCGUCGUCGCAUUCAUCUUCCGCUUAAAGGCAGAAGAAGAUUCACCAUCCACUCCGACACCCAUCAUAACUUUUGGAUCACAGCCUAAGAAGCGCAUUCGCGACCCUCUUGCUACGACUUUUACAGGUGCUGAAGGUAUCCCGAUCGUACUGGAGGAUCUAUCUGAGUCUCGUCCCCGUUCUCUGAAGACGGGC